GGCACAAGUAAAUACGUACAGCAACUUCGGAAAUUCAGCUGUAACUACCAUGACGUUUGUGAAUUUUGUUAAAUGCUGAUCGUCCUCUGUGAGUUUUAUUCGAACAGGGAGAUGUUGCCUGUGCCAAAAUGUAGCCAUAGAGUGAGAUGGGUCUGCCUUAACAGGGGGGACAACUCUCACAGACUUGUUUAGCCAGCUUCCUUGGAAUGUUUGGUCACCACACUGCCAACCAGCCAACAGCAGGCCUUGUCAUGUCGGGUCAUGACCAGCAUAAUGCCAUUAAGUCGCCCCAAUCCAAUGUUGCAUCAGGCGCUACCAACUUUCUUAUGAUAAACCCCUCCCUGUUUCAUCAAAGUGGUAGUCUCCAUCAGAAUAUUGUGGAUAACUUGCCAGUUACUCUAUCCAACUCCUUGCAUAACCUUCAUCAGAGUUCAGGGGGAACAGUGUAUGCCUUAACUGACCAACAAAUAGGCAUCAGGCUGCCUAUUGGAGUUGGCAUCAAGGAUACUUCAGAUGAUCAUUCAUCAAGUAUGGAUAAAUCUGAUUCCAAAGUGGACAUUUAUUCAGUGACAGAUGACAAGGGGGUCCCUGGGCUUGCAGGUAUCCAGUUCCAAGAUGGAGGUGAACAGACUAGCCCAGGGACACCAAGCCAGACCAGCACCUCACAGAUUCUACACUACCGUCCCUCGGCCAAGUCGGGGGAUGCCAUGCUGAGUGCUAUAAACUAUAAUGACAGUGAUAUGUUACCAGAAGGUGCCUUUGACAGUUGUUUGCCAAACCUGGAUGAUGGCAUUUUGUCAAACAUGGGAACACCAGGGAACAUUCGUAUGUCAGAGAACCUACCUGAUUUGUUUGAUGGGGAAGGCAAUGUGAAUGAUUCCUAUAGUAUGGAAGGCCUAUCUCCUCAGCCAUUCACUGACACUGCCUCAGGAUUUGUAGGAGAUAGUAACCUGGGGUCAGUCAUUGACCCAGAUAGCAUGCAGAAUCCAGACUCCAACAAGUCAGACAGCUCAAAGAAGAAAUCUAAAAACAAACAACCAAAAAGUCAAGGUUCCCCAGGCCGCCAGACCAUGCAGUGUCCGUCGUGUAAUAAAACCUUCAACAAUUCAAGCGCCCUGGCUAAACACAGACUCACUCACAGUGAUGAACGCAAAUAUGUGUGCAAUUUGUGUCAAAAAGCCUUCAAAAGGCAGGACCACCUAAAUGGUCACUUAAUGACACAUCGUGAUAAGAAACCAUAUGAGUGUAAUGUUGACAACUGUCAGAAGAGUUAUUGUGAUGCCCGCUCACUACGGCGCCACUUGGAGAAUCACCACAACCAGUCACCUGAGCAGAUCCAGACAGCUAUUGCAGCAGUGGCAUCCAAUGCAACAGCCAUCAUAGCUGCUGCUGCAGCCUCUAAUACAGCCUCACUGAGAGCCACCACCACAGAGACACAGAGUAUGCCCACAACCUUAUCAGUGAUAUCUGGAGCGAGCAACAGCCACUCUUCUCAGGAUGGCAAUGGCUGCUCCAGUCAGUAUUCAACCCCUCAGUACAGUAACAACUCAACGCCCAUGACCAGUCCCACAUACAGCAACAAUGGUAACCCACAACAGCAGACAGCAUUCUUCCAGUUUGACCAAGUGCCAUCUUCUGCUUCAACCUCUCAUGAUAUUACACUGCAGCAGCCUCACCUUACGGAUGAUUCUCAGCGCCCCCAGCAGAUCACCAUUCAGCCCCAUGUUGUGCCAACGCAGCAGUCGUUGCCACUUGGACAGCUCCCUGAGGGGCUGCCAGUUGACUCCCAACAGAACUGGCAGGAACGAAUGCAGCAUAUCCUGACUGCAGCAGCAAACCAAGCUGGAGCAGGGCACCAAUCCAACUCACACAGUCCUCAGGGCACCAUUGAGGACCAGUCACCAAGCUACCUCCAGCAGGUUAGCCCCAUCAGUCCUGUGAUGAACCACCCAGUGCCAACUAGUCCCCAGCGCAUCUGGUCUGCCAACCCUCUCACUCCCAACACCAUCACCAACGAUAAACUUAAUGGAGAUGAAUCGGCCAAACCAGUGGUGUGUAGUAUUUGUGAGCGACGUUUUAAGAAUAUUCCAGCCUUAAAUGGCCAUAUGAGACUUCAUGGAGGCUACUUCAAGAAGGACAUAAAUAAAGAAGAGAAGAAAAGUAAGAAGGCACAUAGUACCUCGAUGGGAUCAAAGGUUUCUAAGGUUUCUAUAGAGCCAAUAGACAUUUCUCUCCCGACCAUACCACAGGCAUUCCCGACGUCUUUAGAGACCAUCACUCCUCCAGUGACUGCUCAGGCAGCAGGUCCUGUGUUCCCAAACCUGCAGUCUCCUGUGGCCACUCCUGAAACCCCUCUUGACAUUGCACACUCUGUCAUACAGCAACUCCAGCAGCAUCAACAGCAGCAGCAGAUACAGAAAUCUAAGUCUGAUGCUAAACCUGCAUGUGAACAGCAGAUACAGCUUCAGCAGUUACAGCAGCAAGAACAGCAGCUGCAGCAACAGCUACAACAGCAGAUACAACAGAUACAGAUGGAGCAACACCAGCUGCAACAGCAUCUUGAGCAACAGAAUCACCAACAACAGGAGCAGUUACAGCAGGUGCCACAUGUGCAGAAGCAGCAGUUAGUGUUACAACAACAGAUCCAGCAAUUACAGAUAGAAAAACAGCAGCUUACUCACCACCUGGAGCAAACCAAGCUCAAACAACUGGAGGACCAGCAUCUCAAACAACAACAACAGAACCAGCUGCAGCAACAACAACAACAGUUCCAGGAUAUUCUACAACAGCACCAACAACACAGCCAGUCCAGCUCAGUACCACAAUCUCCUCAGGUGCCACAGUCUCCCCUUCUACAGAGACAGGUGUCUGUGGAGUCCCUAGACUACCAGUUCCAGUCUCCACCCCAGCAGAUCCAGGAAAUUCCCUCACGCAUGUCUGCACAGCUGCAUCUCCAGCAGCUUGCCCGUCAGCAGCAGCAGCAGGGUCCUCGUGACAUCAUCCAGCAAAUGGACAUCGGCCAGCUUGCAGAGCAGCUUAGUAUGACUUCCCAACAACAACAGCAGCAACAAACACAACAACCGCAGCAACAAUCAGUACCCCACUCUCAGCAUGUGUUACAGCAGCUACACUCCCCACCCCCAGCCAGUCUCAGUUCCAUGUCUAUACAGUCAAACCUCCAAUCCGCCAUUGCUCAAAUCCCACAGUUUACACUUCAGACUCAAAACCCUCAACAGGAGGUGAUGCCACACUCACAGACAUCCUUUGUGUCGCCAAGCCAUCUCUCUGCUGGUCAGGUUACGCUUGUCACAACCAGUGCAGACAAUCCCGAACUUUCUGUUGCUCAGUUACUUAAUGGCAUAAAUGGCAUACAGGACCCAGUGGGUACUGUUUUUGGUAGCCAAACAACAACCACAACUGGCUUGGUAGGGGGCAUAGCAGGUCUAUCUUCCCUUGCUGGCAACCCCAACAUGUCAACACUGCCCUCUACAAUCAAAGAGGAGAACAAUCUAGUGGUGACACCCACACUGGAAAAUACUGCAAUGUCUAACAGCUAUGUAGUGUCAAAUGUCUCUGGAAAUCUUCAUAGUGGCACAGAGGGUGCCACCAUAGAUCUGGAUAGUGCUGCAGAACGACUUAAACAAGAGAUCAUGGAACAAAUGUCCAAUAGAUCAUUGCAUACAGAAUCCAAGGCAGCUGACAGUAAUCCGUUUUCAUUCCCAACCAUAGACUCUUAUAGUGGUAACAACCCAGAAGGGGAUUUGCCAGGCAGCAUGGAGGGUCAUCAUAAUCCAGGUGGGCAUUUUGAGGGCAUCUUAGGCCUUCAUGGUGAUUCGGUGCAACAGCAUCUAACUAUAGAAAAUAGUUUAAAUACAAAAUCAGAAACCAAAUCCAUUCAGAAUCGACACCAAGAGCUUAAGCGAAGACUUUCAGUAGGUAGUGAAGUAGACCUUUUGAAGAAAUCUUAUUCUUCAGGUAAUCAGCAUAAUAAGGGAUCAACGCCAAUAACAUAUGUCAAACACAACCCGUCCAGUGGCCCCCAUGUCAAAUCAGACAGUCAUGCUCGGCCUCGCAUGCGGAGUAAAUCAGGAGACGACUACAACCUCAUGCGAGCCAAUAGUGAGGAUCACACAUUUAUGAGGCCACGCAGUCGAACAGAGGACUCCCUGUGGAGAAUGAAAUCAAAAUCUGAAGAGUACUGGGGCAGUCCGUUUUCAAAAUCAGAUGGUGCAGGACUGUUUAGAAAUCCAAAUACUUUAUCUAGUCCCAUCAAAUUGAAAAGGAAGCAUCGACCUGCUCCACUGUUUAUACCUCCUCAUAUGAAUAACUGUGGCUUUCAGAGCAGGCUAAGGUCUCCUCGCAUCAACCCUCAUUUAGAUGGCAGGGGCAACACUCCUCCACCUUACACGCCUCCUCCCAUGCUCAGUCCUAUACGCAGUGGAUCAGGUCUAUUCUGCAGUAUGUACAAGCCAGUCACCCCAAUGUCUGCUCCAGUUGCCCCCAGGUCUCUCCAGCAGGGCAUGAGCAGUAGAGGGAGCAUAGGACAUUUUGAUCAAGUGAUGAAGAUGGAGGAGGAAGAUGAAGAGGAGGCUCCCCUUCCUCAGGAGUCCGAGGAGCCAGCACCUGAAACAGAUGUACAACCUCAUGUAAACAUAGGAUCUCAAUAUCAGGCAGAAAUACCCCCUUUCAACAGCAGUAGAGUUGGUCUGGAGUUGUUAGAGGCUAAAGAGGAUUUGAUGUGGGAUCCCUCCUUUUUAGGGGAUAACAGUGACCAAGAUGUGCAAUAUUAUCAGGAAUUUGCAUGCUCAUCAGCUGUGAAAGGAAAUGGUGCCAAUGUGGAGUAUGCUUUACAUUUAUUACGGAUGGCUAAUGGAAACAUUCAGACGGCUAUGUUGAUGUUGAUGAGUUCAGCUGUCAGGGUACCACGAUAUCACAGUCUACAUUCUUACACAUAUCAAGAAUCUACAGUAUGGUCCACUGAGGAAGUUGAACGUUAUCAGCAGGCACUGAUGAAAUGUGACAAAGAUUUUCUGAGUAUCUCAAAAGAGGUUGAGACCAAAUCAACUGGUGAUUGUGUUCAGUUUUACUACCUUUGGAAGAAGGUGUGUCCAGAUGAACACAAACGCCUGAGAGUGGUGCGGCGUAAGCGUGAACAGGACCAGCUAUACAACUUAAGGACACGCCAACAACAGCAGGAACAGCAGCAGCAGCAAAGUGGGCUGACACAGGUGACAGAUGAGGAUGACAGUGAUUCGGACUCGAGCUCCUCAUUGGACACUGGUGACCCUCUGGACAAGGAAGAGGAACAACUCUCCAGCUCUUCUGUCCGGUCUUCCCCAGUUCCUAUGUUUCCUUGUGAAUAUCCAGAGUGUACUGCUGCAUUUGGUUCAAAGCAGGCUUUGAAUGCUCAUGGGAGAAUACAUGGUAGCUCGAAAAACUCUUCUCCUGCCUCAAGUCGCAACAUAGAGAACCGAGCACCUGGCAGGCCCAAGUCAAAUCCUCUCCCCAACAAAACUGUACCAGCACCUGCUCCUGCUGAUGGCUCCGAGGUGUUCCCCUGUAAACUUUGUGGAAGAGUGUUCCCUAAAGUGAAAAGUCGAAGUGCUCAUAUGAAGAUCCAUAGACUGGCAGAAGCUGAUAGAAAACAACCUAAGCCAAACAAUACAGAAUUGACUAUUAAAACAAUACUGCCCACUGGCUCCCCAAAUGGCUGAUAGUGUGCCCCUUCCCAUAUGGUGCUUCAGAUAACCCCGUUUCUGCUGUAGGGCUUUCCUUGGAUCAUCAGUUACAUAAUGGCAGCUCAUACACACUGGGAGACCCGUACUAUAACACUAGCUGUAUGUCUUUUGUAGGACGUGCAUGCUCGUUCUGUGCCAUCCGCCAGAUUUUCUGAAACAGAGCUAUUCUGGUUCGGAGGCUAUCCAAGUCUGUGAUUCUCUAUGGCUAUGUGAUUGGGUUGAUUUUAACUCCUUAGUGUUUUACUGUUGAUCAAAGAUGUUGUUUUGUCUGUUGAUAAUAUGGUAUAUUGUUUCAUUUUAAAAAAGUAAGAUUUUACCAAAUGUUAAAACUAGUACUUUAAAAAAGAUAAUUGAAAGAUUUAUUAUGAUUGUUACAGAGAAAGAAAAAAUGUCAAUUUGAGAUUUUAAAAUGGCUUACUAUGAGUAUGUCAAUUUUUUGUUUCAAAUUUAAAACAAAUAGGUAGGAAUUGAUUGAUAUUAUAUUAUAAACAAAAAAGCAAGAAAAUCAUAUAUGAAACUAGAGACGUUACGAUUUGUAUAAAAAGGCGAUGUUCGUUACUGCACUGGUGUAGGCAGGAAAUGUAUGUUGCCAUCCAAUUCCUUAGCAGGAUAUUAUGGUAUAACACCAGUUUUAGAUGGUAAUGUCGCUUUAAUGUAAGGAUAAAAAGAUGGAGGGUCUAGGAUUCUUAGAUUUCUAAUGAUUUUGUGUUGUUUGUUGUCCAUUUGCCCAUCUGUGGGUGCUCUGGCUUUUUGUUUAGAUACUAUUAUUAUCUUAGGAACAUGGUUUGGGUUAUUAUGGAGUACUUCAGCUGUGGUAUGUUGAGUUAUAUAUUCAUUAUUGGCAUACAACUAAUAAAAGUUUAAAGAGUAUCCCAGUUUUGAUGGCAAAGUAAGUAUUAAUGAAUAUAUAUAAUUACUCUCACUGCUAUGUGUAUUCCCUGUUGUAAUUUUGUGACUUUAUGACAAAGUGCAAUACUGUUCUAUUUGAAAGACUUUCUGUGUGCUAUUCAACUCCUUACAGGAAGUUCUGUUCCUGAGCAGGUCUGUGGUACAUAUUAUAUUGUUUUCUGUACAACUAAUUGUAAAUCUUGAAUGAUGGUUAUGUUGAUUUUUCAGUUUUUGAUAAGUGUGACUGGAUUUCAACAUUUCAGCGGAGGUAUUAUGUUAAGUACAGGGUAGUAUGAUUCUAUUGAUAUAUGUUGUGUGUAUGUAAUUUUACUGAUCAGUAAGGCAAGUACCGGUCAGGUGAUGAGGAAGGAGUGCCCGAUAUAGAUGACACAAUUGUUUUAAUCAUUCUAUUACUAUGUAAAAGAGUCUUUAUCAAAGAAUCUUUUAUUUCAUUCUUUUAGCAAAUGUGUUAAGAACCAUUUUAUUCCUAAAAUGUGAUUUUAACCACUGCUAAAGGUUUUAAAAGUUAUAUUAAUUGUUGUAAGUGUUUGUUCCUAUUGAUCCUGUGGCAGCUAUUUGUGUAUCUGUGGUUUGUUUGUGUCCUCAAGUUCGUGGUGUUCGUAAUGGAGGUGCCAAUAUACCAGUGCAAUAAUGACUGCUGUCUCUAUAUCUUGUGUCUGAUUACACAUUUGAAAAACAAGUCUAAUGAUAUUGUACAUCACAUAUUUUAUUUUGUUCAAGAUGACUUACCCAAAUAUAAUACAUAUAUUUGAAUUGAAUUAUAAUUCCAAAAAGGAAGGGGCUAAUGAGAAGAUAGUUGUGCUAACAUUGUUGAUGCUACAUGAUACAUACAGUGGAUAUUGAAAUUUUAAUCAAUUUGAUUGGUCAUACAUAGUUGUUGGCUUCAAACUGUUAGGUGGAUAUUUAUUUUUUUAUUCCAAAAAGUCUGAAACAGUCACCUUACAUGAUAGACAGUGAAACCUUAUGAUUCUUAACUAAUGAGACAGUGGUUAUACAAUAACUGUCUGUUAUGUCUUACGCUUAGUAUCCGGUGAGCAGUAAGGAAGGACAAACUAUAUUGCAGUUUAAAAUUAAUUCUACAAGAAAUUAAUGCAUACUUUUUAUUUUAUUGGAGUAUAAUGUUACCUUAUAGUGCUAUUUGUUGCUUAUCGGCAAUGGAUCACCAGUUUAGUGCACAAUGAGAUUCAAGUGGGUCAACAAAUGUAUUGUUUUGAAAAAUUUGGUUCUCAACUUUUUUGUGUGCAUGUCUAUUACUAUGUAAUGAUAUAGAGAUAAGACUCAUCUUUAAAAUUAGAUAAAACUUCUUUUUGAUUCAUUUUCUUAUGUCAAUGUAGUAAUAUCCAACUGAAAUCUCAAUCUGACUUCUGGUAUUUGUCUGAAUAAGUAAUAGCAUUGUGGUGAAUAUGAUACCAUACCUUUUAAGAUAUAAUCUCCAUGGUAACCUACCUUAUAAUGUAUGAUAAUCUCCAUGAUGCCCUAUAGUUACCUUAUGAGGUGUGAUGGUCUCUAUGGUACCCUACCAUAUAACGUGUGAUAAUCACCAUGGUAACAUACCUUAAGGUGUGAUAAUCACCAUGGUAACAUACCUUAAUCUUAAGGUAUGGUAAUCUCCAUUUUAUCAAACUAUAAGUUUAUCUUCAUAUACCAUGAACAUGGAUACAAGAACCAUGAUAGUGUUGUAUCUAACAUAGAGAUUAGCUCUGAAGAGCUACUAUUUCUGUAGUAGUAAAAGCUCUUCAGAGCUAACAGUUGUGCAAUUUAUACAACAAUCUUGUUUCUUGUGCCCUGUUUCUGUGAGAUGUGUUAUAUAUGUAUGUUGGAUUUAUUCUAUGGACAAGACCGGCCAAUGCUGUGGUCCCACUUUACUGUUUGAGGCAUGUGCAAUCUCAUUAUCCGUCUUGUACUAAUUGACAGUGGUAUUCCCAGGGUCUGGCUGCUGAAGGCUCUUCAGCAAGAGAAACGUGUAUCAUUAAUUUUCAUCCCAUCAUGUAAAUAUAAAAAGUUAGAGAGAGGAGGCUUUGACUGGCGAGACCCUGGUAAAUACGUUUGUUUUGUACCUUAUAUGACUGCUGGGUGCCAUCCACACUGUCCAAUAUAUAUAUAUAUACAUGUAGUAUUCAUUUGUAUGUGUGUGUGUGUGGAACAUGUUGAGAAUAUUGUCAUGUACAUUUUUUUUGUACAAAUAGAUUUUGUAUAGGUUUCAAUCAUUGUUCAAAUGUAUAUUUGAUAUAUAUAUAUUAUAUAUAAAUACCCAUGUUAUAUCUUGCUCACUUUUCAAUCUCAAAUUUUACUCAUCUGUCAUUUCAUGUUUCCUAUCAUUUCUCUAUAGAAUACUAUAUUCCUUUAAAACAUUUGUUAUUUUUCCUCACAUUGUUGGAACCGACAAUGAUAUUAGUGUCAAACUUGUGUGUUAAUCUUUUUUAAAAAAAGUUGUGUUAAAUUUGUUCUUGAUUUGAUGAGAAGGAGAGACGAUGUUACACUGCUACACGUUUAAUAGGGCCAAUCACGAAUUCUGUGAUAGUUUUACUCGUAUGUAUUGAUGAGUUAAUAUGCUGAAGUUAAAAGCAUAUCAUAGGAAUUAUAUCAGUUUAAUUCUACCUGAUAAUAGUAGAUGACAUAGAGCAUAAAAUCCCGGAGGUGACCGUGAUACCUGCUAUAUGUAUAUACAUAUAUAUAUACACAAGUCUAUAUGGAUUCAGCAAUGCACAGUGAAUGCAAGAGAACCACAAAUAUGUACUUCAAUAUAUAGUUCAUAAUUGAUGUGGAUGAGAAUUCAAUUAACUAUUUCUCAAGCCAGAUGAAUUUGUAAUCGAUAAUGAUAUUCAUUGACCUUUCUAACAGCUUAUAUUACUAUACAUAGGGUUGAUUAUUUUCUGAUUCUAAACCUUCCAAAUAUCUGAGUGAACAGUUGACAGGGUUAUGAUGAGUUGUUGCUUGAACACUGACAGUAUGACCGCAAUAUAUAACAUCAUAACACAUUGCCAAAUGAUUCCUUAUCCACUUGAGAUUACACACCCGAGUUCAGGCAGCACUGCAGUGAACAUACCUAGUCUCUAGAUGUAUUAAUUGCAGCUUGUAAUAUUGUAGUCCCAUGUACAAUUUUAAUGAGUUUAAGGUCAUUUGUCAAGAAAAAUUAAAAACUGAACAUUUGGUUUUCUAAUUGUGAAGAUCAAAGUUUGAAUGAUUAAAAGUGAAGAUGUUGAUAAUCUGAUGAUAAGAUUCAUGUGUCUAGGAAUUUUAGAUUUUAUUUUGUUGACGUACAGACAUUGGUACAGUAUGUUGUUUUUUUGGGGUUUUUUUUCUUCAUAUUUUUGUUUUUUUAUUCUGACGCAGAAAAUGCUUUUUGAAUCUUGAUUAUUUUAUAGGUACCAAUGUUAAACUGAUUAUUGGUCUCUUUUUUUU